UAAUGAUGGAUAGUCUUAGUUUCUCAACUGUCUGUCACAGAUACUGGUCAUUUUUGUUAUGAAAAAUGGGUUAAGAAAAGGUUGAAGGAAAGAAACAGGACCUAGAAAUUUUAUAUUAUAUAGCAGGAGAACUAACUGUGUUCUACAUCAUAAAUACAUUGUUGAUAUCCAGCAGUAAAAAUGAAUUUGCAAAUUUUUAAAUUCUAGAGUGGAAGAAUGGAUGUAGGAAACUGUUCCUUGAAUGAAUUCAUUUUUGUUGGAGUUACCAAUAACCCAGAGAUGAAAGGGACGCUGUUUACCAUAUUUCUACUCAUCUAUCUCAUCAAUCUUCUGGGAAAUAUUGGUAUGAUCAUUUUGAUCAGAAUGGAUCCCCAGCUCCACACACCCAUGUACUUUUUCCUGAGCCAUCUCUCUUUCUGUGAUCUUUGCUAUUCCACAGUAAUUGGUCCCAAGAUGCUGGUGGAUGUGUUUGGCAAAAACAAAUCAAUUCCCUUCUGGGGCUGUGCUCUGCAGCUCUUCAUCUUCUGUAUGUUUGCAGAUUCUGAGUGUGUACUGCUGGCCGUCAUGGCCUUUGAUAGAUACCAGGCCAUUAGCAACCCCUUGCUCUACACAGCAAACAUGUCCAGCAGGAAGUGUUUCAUGCUUAUGGCUGGAGUUUACCUGGUGGGAACAUCAGAUGCUUUGAUACAUACAACUUUGGCAUUCCGCUUGUGUUUCUGCGGGUCUAAUGAGAUCAACCACUUCUUCUGUGAUCUACCUCCACUAUACCUUCUCUCCUGCUCAGAUACUCAAGUAAAUGAAUUAGCAUUAUUUACUAUUUAUGGUUUCCUUGAACUGAGCACCAUCUCAGGAGUCCUUGUUUCUUACUGUUACAUCAUCUCAUCAGUCUUAAAAAUCCGUUCAACUGAAGGGAGGUUCAAAGCUUUCUCCACCUGCACCUCUCACUUGACUGCAGUUGCUAUUUUUCAAGGAACUCUACUCUUUACAUAUUUUCGGCCACGUUCUUCUUAUUCCCUUGAUCAAGACAAAAUGACUUCUCUAUUUUAUACCCUAGUGAUUCCUAUGCUGAACCCACUGAUUUACAGCUUAAGGAACAAGGAUGUGAAAGAGGCCUUGGAGAAAAUGAAAAGCAAAAGAUGGUUUUAAAUAUUUAUUUAGAUUCACAUGAAUGUUUCAGCUAUUCACUAUGUUUAUCUGGCUGGCAUUGA